AUGGUUUAUUCUGUCGGCGGUAUCGAAGUGAUUCAGCGGCCUAUUCUCGCUCCUGAGACCGACAACGGUCCCCCCAAGAACAAGUUCCACUACGAGGGUCUCCAGGAGACGUCAAUUGUUCUUCCCAAGGGCCACCAGAAGAAGGCAGGUGUCUCGCGUCCCCUGCCUUGCGACAUCCGUUUCGACCGUGACCAGAAGGUCGAGCUUCGAGAUGGCACUCACAUCCGUGUCGACAUCUUUCGCCCUGCCGACCUCCCGGCCGAUGCCAAGAUCCCGGCCAUUGUCAUGUGGAGCCCUUACGGUAACCACGGUGUUGGUUUUCCCAACCUCGAGUACCUUCCUUACCGCGCCUGUGUUCCCGAGAGCCGUCUGAGUGGUUACGAGAAGUUCGAGGGUAUCUGUCCUGCCGACUUUGUCCCUCGUGGCUACGCCAUUGUGAACGCCGACUCACGUGGUACUUGGGAUUCGGAAGGUGACAUGGUGUUCCCCUCGUCACAGGAGGGUCGUGACGGUGCCGACCUUGUAGACUGGGUCGGUCAGCAGGAGUGGUGUACCGGAAAGGUCGGCAUGGCUGGCAACUCGUGGUUGGCCCGGGCCAUCUGGUUUACUGCUUCGCAGCAGCCCAAACACCUCGCUGCCAUUGCGCCUUGGGAAGGAUUGUCAGACUUCUACCGCGAGUCUUUCUGUCGUGGCGGUGUUCCCCACACUGCUUUCUGGGCUGCCAAUGGUAACAGCUUCCGUGGGCGUAGCAAGAUGGAGGACCCAUUCACCAUGCUUGACAGGUACCCGCUUGUGAACGCCUACUGGGAGGACAAGCGCCCCGACCUCAGCAAGAUCACGGUUCCCAGCUACACUCUCGCGUCGUACUCGACCAUGUUGCACGUCUACGGAUCCUGCCGUGGCUUCAGGGAGAUGGACUGCAAGGACAAGUGGCUCCGCUUCCAUCCCUGGCAGGAGUGGUAUGACCUUUACGCCGAGACCGGUGUUGUUGAUCUCGCCAAGUUUUUCGACCGUUAUCUCAAGGAGGAGAAGAACGAUUGGGAGUCGACCCCGAGGGUCCGUCUCUCGCUGCUCCGCAUGAAUGAGGACCCCAUCAUCGGCCAGGCUGAGGACAACUAUCCCAUUCCCCGCACCGAGUAUAUCAAGCACUACCUGAACAAUGCCACCAUGUCGCUCGACGCUACCGCUCCCAAGGCCUCCACUAGCGUCGAGUACCUCUCCACCAGCGAGGGUAUCACCACCUACGACAUGAAGUUUACCGAUGCCACCCAGCUCGCUGGCUAUCCUAAGCUUGAGCUGUACAUCUCUUGCGAGGACCACGACGACAUGGACCUCUUCAUCCAGCUCCGGAAGCUCGACAAGGACGGCAACGAACUCAGCCAGAUCAACUACCCGCUACACGAGUUGCAAAAGUUUGGUGUCGAGAAGGGUGAUGUCCCUUGGGUCAACAUUGUCCGCCACCUUGGCCCCUCGGGUGUUCUCCGGGCAUCUCACCGUGAGGUUGAUGAGUCCAAAUCGACCCAAUACGACCCAUUCCACCCUCACACCCGUUCUGACAAGAUCCCCAAGGGCACGGUUGUCAAGCUCGAGAUUGGUAUCUGGCCCAUGGGUAUCGCUUUCGAGGCUGGCGAGGGUCUCCGUCUCUGCGUGUCGGGCCACUCGCUCGUCCUGCCCGAGUACCCUGGUCUUACGGAAGUCCAACACAACGUUGGUACCUGGAAAAUCCACACUGGUGGCGAGACUGCCUCGUACCUCCAGGUUCCCAGGAUUUAG